CACCAUCGGCCGUUGCCAAGGUUUCCGUGUACGCGCUGCGCGCGCGGCUGUCAUACAGUACUGCCAGACAUGGCGGCGGAGCUCCAGCCCGAGUGGAUCGCUUGUCUCCCUUCUUCCUGGAGUUAUGGGGUGACUCGAGAUGGACGUGUCUUCUUCGUUACCGAAGAAGCCAAGAGUACAACCUGGCUGCAUCCAGUGAGUGGCGAGGCGGUAAUCACAGGGCACAGGAAAACUCCAGACCUACCAACUGGAUGGGAAGAAGGAUACACUUUUGAGGGAGCCCGGUGUUUUAUCAAUCACAAUGAGCGGAAGGUGACCUGCAAGCAUCCUGUCUCAGGCUCACCCUCACAAGACAACUGCAUCUUUGUCGUCAACGAACAAUCUGCCUCCAAAGUGCCAGCAAAUGAUAAGAAGGAACAGCCAAUAAGCACCAUGAGUGAGGCCUCUAACUUAACAGGCGGCUCAGACAACGCCGCCGCACAACCCAGCAGCCCCACGGGAGCAAGAUCCUCAAGACCUUCAAAAAAGCUUCAUAAUUUUGGCAAAAGAUCCAACUCUAUCAGAAGGAAUCCUGGUGCCCCAGUUGUGAAAAGAAACUGGCUUUAUAAACAGGACAGUACCGGGAUGAAGCUGUGGAAGAAGAGGUGGUUUGUACUGUCUGACCUGUGCCUCUUCUAUUACAGAGAUGAGAAGGAGGAGGGAAUACUUGGCAGCAUCCUCCUACCAAGCUUUCAUAUAUCCAUGCUCUCUGUGGACGAUCACAUUAACAGAAAAUAUGCCUUCAAGGCGAUGCAUCCAAACAUGCGCACAUACUACUUUUGCACAGACACAGCCAAAGAGAUGGAGUCGUGGAUGAAAGUCAUGACAGAUGCAGCACUUGUGCAUUCCGAACCAGUGAAAAGGUUAGACAGGCUAAAAGCUGAGCAGUGUGGCCCACAGGAAGUUAACCAUGUGGCCAGUCCCAAACCACCACUCACACAGCCUGAAAUCCAAAACAACGAAAGAAACCGUGAGGUAGACCAUGAACGUAGCGCCCCAGUCACAUCCACUACAACAGAAUAUCAGAGGAAACUGCAAGAUGCUGAGCGCUAUGGCUUCCAGAAGGAUGGAGUGGAGCGUGAGCAACCACUCACAAAGAUUAACAGUAUCAAACUGCAGCCAGCCCAAGCAGCAGUGAUAAUGGCUAAUAUCACCGUGCAACGGACUCCAACUGAGGUUGAUAGUUCACAUCAGAGUGCUCAGAUUAAUGGAGCUGGGGAGCAGUGUCCAAAAGAUAUGACUAACCUCCCUGCACAGCCAAGCCCCAUCCAGGAGCCAGACCGCACUCUGAGUCGGACAAACUCUAUGCAGCAACUACAGCAGUGGGUUCGCACACAAAGAAAUCGUAACCAGGACGAUGACACCAGGAGUGUCACGUCAUACCAGACGCUGCCUCGGAACAUGCCCAGUCAUCGAGUACCAUACAUGCCACACUAUGCUGAUGGUUACCGCAGCAUGCCAAGGAACAGCAUGGCACAGCGGGAUAGCAUCUGCAGCAUCUCCCCUUCAGUGUAUGACCAGGUGCUGGGUCCAUUUGACAAACGCCGCUCUGUGCGCGAUGACACUAUGUGGCAAUUAUACGAGUGGCAGCAGAGGCACGCAUACGGCAGGCAACCGGGGCUAUACAGCAAUAUGACCACUCCCAAAACCAUGAUUAACCUGUCAGAACACGCUGCACCAAGCCACUCAAUCCCCCCCUCACCCUCACAUGGAUCUCUGUCCACGUACAGUGGUGGCUACUCUCCACUGCUAUCCUACAACAUGAAUAGUGCUCAUACUGAGGUGUCUUCUCCUGUUUACCGAAGAGACAUGAUCAAUGGCAGGCAACACAGGCCGCAACUCACCAAGUAUGCCUACCCACCUGAUCGGAGGUCUAUGCCUGUUGGGAUCCCAGUUCAGACUAUCACUGCCCAAUCUCUCCAAGGCAAAACACCUGAGGAACUGACUCUGCUGCUGAUAAAGCUGCGGCGGCAGCAGGCAGAGCUAAACAGUAUCCGGGAGCACACUGUAGCACAGCUUAUGCAACUAAACGUCGAUGGCGUCAACCCAAAGAACGACAUUCUUGUCCAUCACCUGCAAAGGAACCUCAUGUAUUUGGACAAUCAGAUGAAGGAAAAUGACCCAUUAAUCGUCAUGACUCACACUUUGAUUGAGAACUCUGCCCCAAGGCCUCAACUUUACCAGCAAAUGAGUCCAGAGGAUUACAGAGAACAGGGAUACACAUGUGUGCCAGACGAGGUUGAUGUCGAUGCCAAAUUGAGUAGGUUGUGUGAGCAGGACAAACUGGUGAGGACACAGGAGGACAAACUUCAGCAGCUGUACAGAGAGAAGCACACAUUAGAAACAGCACUGCUGUCAGCCAGCCAGGAGAUAGAGGGCUCUGAUAACCUGGCUGCCAUGCAGGGUGUCAUCCAGCAGAGAGACGUGCUACAGAGCGGCCUUCUCAGCACCUGCAGAGAGCUCUCCAGAGUCACCGCUGAGCUGGAGCGGUCGUGGCGGGAGUUCGACAGGCUGGAAGGAGAUGUGAUUGUGGCUAAGAACAGCCUGCUGGAGCAGCUUGAAGCUCUGGGAAGCCCUCAGACAGAGCCUCCCAGCCAAUGGCAUGUCUACAUCCAGAAAGAGCUGUGGAGGAUCCAAGACGUGAUGGAGGUCCUCAGCAAACACAAAUCUCAGAGAAAUGCUGUUGACGGUGUGAAUUCCUGUGGGACAAAGCCCGUGUUCAACAAGCACAAAAACGAGGAAGUGGACUCUGUACCCCCGCGGCCACCCCUACCCGAGUCCUAUGACCCCAACUCCCCCACUGUGCCACCUCAUGCCGGUGUGCGCCCGUCAUCACUUCACAGGCCAGAGGACAGGAAGACCAAUCACAGGAACGGAACACACUGUGGGCCAGACUACAGGCUGUACAAGAGUGAGCCAGAGCUCACCACCGUAGCCGAAGUGGAUGAGAACAACGGGGAGGACAGAUCUGAACACACCACAGAGAAAGAAAUGUCAGGGAACAAAGGUAUGUCCUAUCCAGUGGGCAUUGUCCCACCACGGACCAAGUCCCCAAUACCUGAGUCUUCCUCCAUACCUUCAUAUGUUACCCUGCGGAAAGGCAAGAAACUCGACCCCAGAACAGAGCGUCCGCGCAGUGCAAUGGAGCAGCAGCUGUGCGCUGUGGAGAGCAGCCGGCCCCGAAUGAGCGUAGAGGAGCAGCUGGAGAGAAUCCGCCGCCACCAGCAGGGGUCCCUCAGGGAGAAGAAGAAAGGCCUCAGCAUCCUGGGUAGCAGCCAGGACAACACACCCUCCCGAAGCCCGUCAUUUACGAAAGAAAACCAUUUCCGCACCAAGCAGUCCCAAAUGAGACGCAGAGAUGAAGUAAUGAGCAGCGACAUUCAGGAGUUGGAAACUUCUCUCAGGCAACAGGAAGUUGUGAGGGAGCAGGAGACGCCGGCCGAAGAGAUCGCCCGUCUGAAAGAAGCCUCACAGACAGACGACUUCAACAUGGAUCGAGAGCUUUCUGUGCCUGAGAAAGUCCUAAUUCCUGAGCGUUACAUGGAGACCGACCCUGAGGAGGUACUGAGUCCGGAAGAGGAAGCUGAUAAGCAGAAGAAGGUUGAUCGCAUCAAAGCCCUAAUAGCCAAAAACAGCAUGCAGUGUGCGCUGCCUGCAAUGACUCUAAGCCCAGAGGAGGAGACUGAGGAGGAGACUGCUGUCCAAGAGAAGGAGAAGAUGAUUAAUAUGUCCUAUGAACUGGCAGCAGAGGCCUCCAAACGCAGCAAGCUGGUUGCAGUGAAAAGCCUUUUGUCCUCACCCCCUGCACAGUCUGCUAACUCCCCACCUCCACUCACUGAUGGCUCUCACUUCAUGUGUGUGUAGUGGCACCACACAGGCUCUGGCAUCAGUGAAAUCCUACACAUGAAGGAAUCGGUGAUUCGGGCAUAAAGAUGCUCAAGACUGACUUUUGUGGGACAUCAGCACAAGAUUAAGGCCUGCAGCGAGUAACACUACUUCAUACCUUUAGGGUUUUGAAUGUCCAUUUGCUCACUGUGACAUCUUAAGCUUCUGUGCUAACAACAACUACAAGUACAACACACGCUGUGACAUUUGUGAUUUGUAUGGAAGCAGAAAUGAGAAAAUGCAGCUUUGGCACUUAUGUCAUGUCAGUUAGGUUUUCUGUGUGGAUUCUGAUUUUGUUUGAUUAUUUAUGUUUUUUUUUAUCAUUACGUUGUUGUUUGAUUGUGGUCAGAUGCCGGUAGCCCCAUCAAAAAACGGGCCACGCCAAAUAUUUCAUGCAGGUUUCAACAACUGUUCAAAAAGAUUUGGAGACUGUUUUCAUGUGUUUUAGUUCAAUUAAUUUUAUAAUUAAUUUUAUUAUUUGUGUGGGAUAUUAGUCACUAGGUAACAUUUCAGAUUUGCCGUUUUUAGAGCGGGGAGCACUUGUCGAUGCAAACAUAGGUAGUUAUGUAAACGGUAGAGAUCCCUCCGUCAUCAUAAUAAAAGGAGCCACUUUGUUGCUGUGGACAACAUUUGUAAAAGUUUCUCAGUCAGAUGUAAUUACAAAAAAAAGGAUUUUUCUGCAGUCUUUGCUGCAUUGUUGCUGACACAUAUGUAAAUGGUCUGGAUUUUUGUUAUUAUUCUUGAGAGAAAUAUUUAAACCCACAGAAGCAAAAGCAGAGUUUGGUUCUAUUUUAUGACAUGUUUGAGGUCUUAGAAGUUAUAAGAUUAGCACAUGUUUAAAAAAAAGUUUGUAGCUCUGGGAUGGAUUAGUUUGUGUAUACAAAAUGUAAUUAUCAGAGGUUUACUGUGUAUAUACUGUACAUGGUAGAGCAGGAUGGGAGCACGUAUCCGUAUAUGGCUGCAAACUACCGUAGAUUUGAUUUACAAAUGUUCAUAUCGCAUAUGUUUUAUAUCAUGUUAAAUAAAUGUUACUCUUCUUAAUG